GUCUUCAGAACGGAGGACUGUAAAGAGUGUAACACCGUUACCAAACAGCAACAAUGUGAAAAGGAGGACUGGAUUUUUGUGCCUUUUUAUCUUAACUCACAGAAUUCAUGUACACUACCAGUCAAAAGUUUGGAAACACCUUCUCAUUCAAGGGUUCUUCAACAGUGGUGUGGGUGGGUAAUCCAAGAUGGCCACUCACCGUGUUCCACUAGUUCUGCUAGCCUGCGGCUCCUUCAAUCCCAUCACCAACCAGCACAUGAGGCUGUUUGAGCUGGCCAGAGACCACAUGCACAGCACAGGCCAGUACCAGGUGGUGGGUGGCAUCGUGUCUCCAGUGAGUGACGGUUAUGGAAAGCAAGGCCUGGUUCUGGCUCAGCACAGAGUCGCUAUGGCGAAGCUGGCACUGCAGAGCUCAAACUGGGUCACAGUUGAUGAAUGGGAGAGCCAACAGCCAGACUGGACCGAGACUGUGGUCACCAUGAGGUAUCAUUAUGGACGAGUUCUAAACAAGUACAAAUGCAGCACAGGAAUGCAAGGUGACUUCAACGGCAAUGCCAAUCCCCUCUUAAGCCCACGUCCCCAGCUGAAGCUCCUGUGUGGAGCCGAUUUCCUUGACACCUUUAAGAUUCCAGACCUGUGGCGGGACGACCAUGUGGAGGAGGUCGUCGGGCGGUUCGGUCUUGUCAGCGUCAGUCGAGGGGGGCUUCAACCUGAGCGAGCCGUGCACGAGUCAGACACCCUCUCCCGCCACAGUCAAAACAUUUUCCUGGUGAGGGAGUGGGUGAGGAAUGAAACCAGCGCCACUGAGGUUCGGCGAGCUCUGAGACGCGGUCACAGCGUGAAAUACUUGAUCCCGGACUCUGUGAUGGAUUAUAUUCACCAGCACAACCUCUACACAGAGGACAGCGAGAGGAAAAAUCAGGGCACGGUUCUGAGGCCGCUCGUCAAGCAGGCACAACAGCCUGUGAAGAGUUUGGAUGACUGAGAGAUGGAAGGCUGGCCAUUAGAGGCCUUGGAGUGAGAAUUCCCUCACAGGGAGCUCUGUGCACUUCUGCAGUGAGAGAAAUAGUUUGCACAAUCUGCAAACAUCUAGAAAGAAACAACUCUUUGCCUAAAUGUGUUUUCACCUGUUUCCAGUAGAACACCUCUAUGCCGUGAAGUGGUUUAUUUUGAAUCAUACACAUCAAAAGUUGCAGAUCCUGAGCCUCAUCGUUGUGCCAGCGUAUGAAAAAACUGUUCUUUGAUAACGUUUUCAUCCUCUCUAGUUUUCAUAUAUAUUGCUGAGAAAAAGUUGAAAUAAAAACCUCCAUAUUUGGUGUA